UGGCAACAUGACGUCAUAGACAGACUAGGCAGCCAUGUAGUUACUAUUGCGGGAAACUUCGAAAAUGUCAAGCUCUCUUGGCGUCCCAGGCCAGUCGAAUAAUGGCGAUAGUUCAGUGAAAAAAGCCAUAUCUGCUGUUGAUGCCAGUACAAUUUUAUUACGACUAGCAGGAAUUAAACAGCCUCAAAAGAAAGGAGAAGCGGCUGUGAGUAAUGAACAAAAAGACAAAAACAAAGGCAAAAGACGGCGGAGUAGUUACCGUAAUAGUAUAUCUAUCAGUGAAGCUAAAGCCCAAGAUAAGAAAGCAACAUGUGAAACUGACAUUAAGUCAACACAUGAUGAUGGAGAUGAAGUUCCAGAUUGGUUAACAGAUGAGCUGGAUGAGAAUGCCUUGUCUAACUUUCGAGAUCUGUUUAAUAUGUUGGACAAGUCAAAAACUGGAAUCAUCACAGCAGAUAAGCUGUUUGAAGAGAUGCGGCGAGUUGACAGUGAGAUUACAUACAGCGAGGUGGAGGACGUCCUCCGUAAGGUGGACAAAGAUGGGAAUGGAGAGAUAGAUUUUGAUGAGUUUUUGUUACAUAUGACCAACAUGGGUGGAAAUGAAGAGGAGGGUGGAGAUGAUGAAGAGCAAAGAAAAAAGAAAAGAAGAAGAAAACGUAUGUUUUAUAAUGCCAUUACUCAUUUCUCAAUUAAACAGACCCUAGCUGAUAUAGAGAGAAACUUCCGUAUGCAGGCACCUCAUGUGAUCAGUCAUUAUGCAGCAGGUGUCCGCUUAAUUGGCCUAACAACACGGCAGCUAGAAAGACAGAUGAAAAAGAUGCAGAAAUCCGCAGCAAAGAACGACUCUCCCUAUGCUAAACCACUUCAGUUUGUCCAGUUAAGUAGAGAUGGUAAAACCAAUAUCGUGCAUAGAAAGAAAACAAAAACAAUUAAGGAGAUGCCAGAAUCCAGUAAAGAUCUCCAUCAAACGGAAGUAUCUGAAGAGGAACCAGACUUGACAAAGAAGAUCCAAGAUACCAUGAUGCUGUUUGCAAAAAAGGAAGGAAGUAUUGUGCCACAGGAUGCCAAUAUUUUCAUAAAACUGAGACAAAAGCUAGGAUCAGUCACUGCCUGGAUGCAACAGAGCCAACCACCAGAUGAAAGUGCCCACCUAAAUCUUUCCACUAUGCCAACACUCAACAAACCCAAGUCAGCUUGGCGCAUGAAAAUGACUGAAGACAAACAGAGUGUAACAAGGUCAGAAACAAAAAGUGCACCAGUAAAACAGUCGGGUGAACGAGCGUCAGAGAGGAAGUUGGGCAGGACAAAGAAGAAGAAUGUCAUGACAGCUUUAGGAUGGACCCCCCCAAGAAUUCAGUACCUUGAUGUUCCACUACCCAGUCUAAAAAUGCAGUUGACAGAAAAACCAACUUUCAAUGAUUUACAUCGCAUCAGAGCUAAGGCAAAGAGGGCAAUUGAUGCCUAUUACCAAGACCUGCGUCAGGCAGAAAUACGAAAUGCAUGGGACCACUGGGACCAGCUCUAUGCAGAUGUAAUUGUGCCGAAGAAAUUGUUGAACAAUUUCCGAACAGUUUACAGUGCAUACUCUCCACAUCGUGAAGAGGAAGCAUUUGUUGUUUGCCCCUGGAAACCAGGACCUUUUAGCUUUUUAAGACAUCUUCAGAAUCCUCCCAUUUUUGUAGAUCCCAAAUCAGCACAUGUGACAAUUACAGGAAAAGUAAGGCAUAAAUCUUGUAAUGUGCGUCCAAAAACAGUUUCACAUUUCCAAACAGCAAGGAGGAUCAAUGCUGUAUUGCGUAAUACACCAAGCCCGAUUGGGACGCCAAGUUCUCAACAGCCAGAUACCAACAUUGGGUCAAUUAUAUAGUUAUAUAGUGGAUGCUUUUUGGUCUUUUUUUAUUUUGUAUUUAUUUCAUACCAAUUUUCGGAUUUUUCUAUGCUGUUUUAUUAGUUGAUCAAAGUGCAGUAUUCUAUUUAAACUUAAUGUUUCCAAAUAAGAUUUAUUUUUUACAAGCUGGUGUCAUGUAAAAGGUCAGAAAAAUUUCAUUAAACGAGGGAAAUCCUUUCCAAAUAUU